AGGCGGGCAUCUAUAGGUUCCCGUCGUAGCCGCUUGCUCGGCGAAAAACAAAAGGGCUAUUUGGUUUUUAUUUUAGCCCCGAGCUCUCUUCUCCCGGACACCUCGCGUUGCCGGAGAAACAAGCGGCCUUGCCCUUGUGAAAGACAUUUUUCUUGGCGAACGUUCAAGGGGCGGGUCGGAUUGCCGACGGGAUCGGGCGCGGUCGGCCCGGCUAGCGUGGGAGUUGCGCAGCGGGACUUCACCGAGGAUCUAAUCGCGCGCACAGCAUCAAAAUCACCCGAGUACCUUAUUGCGGAUCGCACGGUUUUUGUUGUAACGCCAAACCCGCGUCGCACAUCGCCGUCUAGCAGACGACGCCCGCCGCAUUCUGGCGUAGCAGACGACGCGCUCACGUACGCAUCCCGUCGGGCAACUGCCGCCCACCGCUCCGCCCGUGCGCCGCUGCUUCCCGUCGGAGGGGCAGAAAAAAAAACAUAGGUCGAUAAUCGCCUUUGAUUUCGACCCUGCCCGGCUUCAUUCGCCGAGUUCUCGCACCAUGUCCGCACCAUGCGCUACGUGAGUCCGGUACUCCUUUGUCUCGUCGUCGCCGCCGCAGCUUUCGAAAUCCGCGCGGCCGGUGCCUCGAGCAGCGGCGGCGGUGGUGACGGACUCGCGGAUUAUGAGAGCUCCUACCAGUCGGCCGUAGAGUCCUACCUGAGCGCACAGUGGACGCAAUGCGUCGCGAGGCUGGAAGACGCUCUCGCGGCGUACAAAAAGCACGUCGGUGUCGUGGUGGCCUGUCGGACAAAGUGCCGCGCCGUGGAAGCCACGGAUUGCUACGAGUGCGCGACGUCGAACUCCUUCUACGUAGCGAAGGCGGCUGAAGCUCGCUGCCUACGGAAUUGCACAGGUGUUUGGCACGGAGUGUCGGUCUCGGACGCGACCCUCCGUGAUUUCAGGGAUCGGAUGCCGUACUACUACCUUCAGCGGUGCUACUUCGAGCUCGGUGAUACGAAACAAGCCGCAUCCGCUGCCUACACUUUCUUGGAACACAAUCCAGGUCACAGCCUUGUAAGCUUCCACCUAAGCCAGUACCUGGAAUUGUCUGGCCUUAACAAAAAGGAUCUUGUCCCUCUUGAAGUCAAGGAAUACCAGAACCUCUUUCGCAGUGCUGCAAAAUUGUACACGGAGAAGAAAUAUGACAAGUCUUGUGCAGUUAUGGAGGAAGCGAUCUCGAGCUAUCUCAAAGCUGAAGAAGAGUGUCGCACCCUCUGUGAUGACUUUCUGCCGACUGCAUUUGCCACAAGGGAGUUUUCUGAAGUUGCCGCAGGCCACCACUUGGCAUCUCUGAAGUGCAAAGAACAAUGCCCCGGUCAGCUUUCGUAUUUGAAUGAACAUCAUCGACCAAACUUCUUUGCUGGCCUCUACCACUACCUUCAGUACUCUUACUAUCAGCUGGGCAAGCUACAGAAAGCCUGUGAGGCGACCCAGUCUUACCUGCGACUCCUGCCAGACGACGCUGACAUGUGGUACAACCAGGCAUACUAUGCCCACCUACCCAGCACUCAAGACUCCUGGUUCAAGACAAGGCAGGAGGUGGAGGAAUAUGUCAUGCGUCGGGAGAAAGAACAGGAAACAAUAAAAGUCAUACAACAGCAGCUCGACACGGUGGCAGCCCCUGAAAUAAAAGAAAGUCGCUCGAAAGAUGUGUCUUUCAACACAAGCAGUAUCAGAGUCGUUGAAGACGAGAAGGCUCUCAACGGAACUCGUGUUGUGGCUGAAGGAUUCUUGACUGGGGACGAAUGUUCAGCCUUGCUCUCACUAGCUGACAUUGCUGCUCUCACUGGUGAUGGCUACGAUGGCAAACAGUCUCCCCACAGCAAAUUUGAAACAUUUGAAGGGAUCACGGCUGGCCGGAUUGCACUUCUCACUAGAAACGGCAGUGUCGACAAGCAGCUGGCCGAACUUUUCCUGGAGGCAAGUGAGCGUGUGCGGAGCUACGUUGAGUCUUACUUCAACCUGGAUUCUCAUCUGUACUUCUCAUACACCCACCUUGUCUGCAGAACAGCCAUGACUGGUGCUUCCAGGAGACCCGAAAGUGAUAUGAGCCACUCAAUUCAUGCGGACAACUGUAUCCUCCAGAAAAGCGGGAGAUGCCUUAAACAGCUGCCAGCGUACAUCUGGAGAGACUUCAGCUCUGUGUUGUACCUGAAUGACGACUUUUUGGGUGGUGAGUUUGUGUUCGCCAGCCAAAAGACCAGCAUAGAGGCCUCUGUGAAACCAAAGUGUGGCCGUGCUGUGGCCUUCUCAGCGGGUGCGGAAAAUCUCCAUGGUGUGCUUCCAGUGGAAGAUGGGCGGCGUUGCGCACUUGCCACAUGGUACACCUUUGACCCCAAGUAUCGUGAAAGGGAGCGAGAUUUUGCAUACAACAUCAUCAGCCAACACCGCUCGUCAGGACGUCGUGAGAACCUGACAUCAAAGCUGUCUAGAGAGAAGGGUCAGCCAGUGUUAGCUCCACUGCGUGACCAUUCUGUCCAAGACACUGUGUUGCAGAAACGUGGCAUCAAGGACCACCACAUGGACGAACUAUGAUGCAAAAUUGGGCAGAAUCUUGCUGGUUUGCUUCAAGAUGCAUUAUAGACCGAAAAGAGGCAUUUAGGUGGGCUGCAAUUGACAUCAUGAAGUGCAGGCUUAAUGUUCGAAUGUGACUUGCCUGCUUAUACAAUAAGGGCAGCCCUUUCACGCAAGCUCUAAAGCACUUCUGGAUGUACCAUACACACUGUGCGUACAAUCGAACUUCAAUAUAACAGAGUCAUAUUCAGGGCAAAGCUUUAUUCAUUAUGGUUGACAUAGGUUACUAACUGAACGAACAAAAAUCGAUGCUAACAAUCUGGAUUUCGGUUCAUGCGACAGGAUUACACAGACCAAGCACGGUCUAGCCAAGCUUGUGCCUGAUAUGAGCUCUAUAUGGUUUUCAUUGGUGGUGCCAGUUAUUAAAGCAUGUAAAUUUUAUGUAUAAUGACCUAAGUAUGCUCAGGAGCAUACUUAAAGCUACUUUUUACGUGAGUUUUGGUUUCUUGUUGCUGUCUUGUGUAGCAUUCUUGAGACACGUCCAAGCAAAAAUACUAGAUUGGAUACUACAUUUUAAAUUUCAUUAUAGCAGUAGAACGCUCAUUGGAAUUAAGUAUGGCUAACCAUGAUUUCGAUUUACUUCAUUAUAUCUGAUAAUUCGUAAUGCUCGUGUUCAUUUUUUCAAGGUUCAAUUUAUUGAGCUCAUUUGCUAGGUUGAAGAAAUCUCAUGGGGGAGGGGGGGGGGAACGCCCAUCCACUUGACUUUAGCAGGAUGGCGGAAACAAAGCUAUUUCAUUACCCUUGAAAAGUCAUUUAAAAAGAAAAAAAAAGAAGCCCUUAUGGGCUUAACUGCUUUUCUGGGGCAGUUGAUCUGAGCUAGUAGAUGUACAUUACAAAGAAUUUGUCUCACUCUCUUGUUUGCAUGUUCUAAUGUUAACCUUCAGUUGCAGUUUGGUUUUAGCAUAUUUCAAUACAGUGCAGUGCCAUGAUAAAUUUUAAGUUUGCUUUAAUGAAAGAUUUCUUUUAAAUCAGUCCGGAUUUCAUGGAUAUUUAUAUGUGGCAGACAUCUCCAGAUAACAUUAAGGCAAUAGUAGUUGAGUGCUGUAACCGUAAUCUUUAAUUCUGCUAUCGUGCAAAUUUGCUGGCUGCCCUACACUACAUAGAAGCUAUUUUUGGCGGAUGAAAAUGGUCACACAUAUGAGGUAAUCCAUGAGUAUUUGAAAAAGUAAGAAUUUAUAAUAAUUCGUAAUAUAUAGACCUGUCGUGAUAUGGGUGGUUUCCACAGAAAUGUGCAGAAAGGCAGGAUUUGUUAAUAAAUAAAUUUAUCACCAGAGUGUAGUUUACAUUUGUUGCUGACAGGUGGCAAUUGUCAGUUGGGCCACAACUACUCCACGUCCUGCUGACAAAUGAAACUACUGUAGCUACAAAAUAUCCUGUUAUUUAAAAGAAUACCAUGUUUUUCUGUGCAUUUCUAUGAAAACUACAUGUUGCUAUGGUCUGCAUAUUUAGAUUAUAAAUAUUUUACCUUUUUUGUCAUUUUUGGAUCACCCUGUACAUAUCUGAUUUUGUGCAGGUAUGUAAACAUGGUGCCACCUAGCAGAUGUUUGUGAUAACAGCUUGCCGUUUUCGAGGUAACGGUAACCAUUGCCUCAAAAGCAGGUGGUCUGUAGUGGCAUGUGUAGAGCUGUAGCUGACAUUUUAUGUAUAUUUUUGUAGUCAGUCUUAUCACACACAGUAACUUGACAAACAAAAAUGACAACAAGCUUUUUUUUGGUAUGUUUUCCUUUGUGAUUGCUGCGGACAAGCAUUUGAUAUAUUGUCAAACAUAGAUACUCCUAUUCUGCAUUUUCAAGUGCUCUAUUGUAAUUUCAUGUUACGGUUACUGGCUAGCAUGUAGAGAACAUAACAUGCAGUUUGACCAAAGUUCACUUCCUUGGGAGUUGCGUAAGUUAUUGAUUUUCUAAUAUAUACAUUUACUAUUAGAUGUAUGGCGAUGAAGAUUGUUUUGUGCCAAUAGAACGUUAAAAUAUGUAUUCCAGUUAUAUUAGCCAGCCAUGUGUGAGCACUGUGCACAAGAUUUUGAUGCUGCUAAAUGCAUGAGUACAAAAUUUGACUCAGUCUUUUCAUAUUGGUAGACUGCAGUAACAAUAAGGCGGUGGUAGCUAGUUUUUCCGCCAUUGUGAUACUAUUGUCUAAAUCGUAAUUACCAGCUCAGGUUUUUGACCUAAUAUAGCUCUUUACGCACAAAAUUUAUGUAACAAUUUUAUUUGCUUUCCAUUUCAAAGUGACUUGGAAGUGUGCAUCGAGAACAGCACAACAGGAAACGGACCAGUGUUAGGCUUUUUUUAUUGGGUUCACAUGUGACAUCGAAGGAUAGCUUCUGAAUCGUAAUUUUCUCACCCAUAACAUGCCCUUGCAUAUUUACUCACGCCAUCAGCCACAAUACCCACAGAAAGGAAAACAAACAGCAGAAUCGGGGCAUAUAACCAAUGCAAAUUGCAUACAAUGCUAAAAUGUAUAGAGAACAACUCUGCACGGUUAUCGAUGCAGAGCAAAGCUCCAGGACGAAUUUUUUUUUAUUACAUGUAUCUCACCGAUUCCACUUCAGUUCAAAUAUGAAGGGCUUGUAUGUUGCUCUCUUAUUAAUACUAUAUUCUCCAUUGUCCUUUAGAGAAACGUGCCUUCUGUGCCGAAUGAGUCGCUUUUUUUCAGGAAGAGUGCAGAAAUAUUCUUGAUUCCAUAUAAUAACUACUGUUUCCAGUGAACCUGUCACACACCAUGCGUUUACCCACUGUAGUGACUCUGGUGUUCAGCAUCUGAGCUAGAUGUUGCAGGUUUGAGUCCCUGCCAUGGCAGCUGCAUUUGGAUGGGGGCUGAACACAAGAACAUCUGUCUACUUAGAUUUAAGUGCAUGUCAAAGGAACCACACGUGGUUGAAAUGAAUCUGGAACUCCCUACCAUGAUGGCCCUCACAGCGCUUGCAUUGUUAUAUUCGAGACAUUUAGGCCUAACUGGAACAAAAUUUCACUUUGACUAAAUUGGUUAUAAAGGAGUAGUGCAUACUACUGCAGUAAUCUAGACAAAGCCAUGAGGCUGGUAAUUGCAUAAUUUUCUUAUUAGAGGUGCUCUAAAGAGCACCUAAGCAGAGGACACUGAUCGCCUGGUGGUUAGCGGCUAAGACGCAAGUCCCAGGAACUCGCUUCCGAAUUGUUUCAGCGCAUCAUGUUUUCACAAGCUCCUGUGUGGGCUGCUUAAUUUCUGAAGGAUGAGUGGUAAUGGUGGUGUACUUUUUGUCCUUCAGUUUUGGUAUCAGAAACGGCUGCAUUUUGCAAGCUUUUCGGGAGGCUAAUUUCCACUCAUAUUUCAAACAUAACAUUUUGUGUCAGUGGUUUCUCCAUGUCUACACUAACUUAAACUAGGAUUUUUAAAAAAGGCUGCCUGAAAUUUCGUUGCAGUUACCCUUUAAACCCCAUAGUUUGAUCAUUCGAUUUCGUACCAUGCACCUUUGGCACAAGAAAUUAAACUUGGAAGCAUUGCUUAAAAAAAAAAAAUUACAUUUCUUGUCGUAGCUAUGUUGGCGGCGCAGAAUUCAAAUGUGCACUCUUUGCCCUUAUGCAUAAACAAUGCUUGUUUCCAGGCCUUGUGCUCAAACUCAGCUUCCUUCACUGAUCCUGCAUCACUGGUGGAUUAAAAGGGGGGAGGUGGGGUUUCGACCUGGGACAUUGUGCUGCAGCAGAAUGCCAUAGGUAUUCAUCCACUGCAGCGGACUGGCGUUUUGUAUACUGACAGUCAGAUGAAAUAUAGGAAGUUGCAGUGUGGUGAGGUAUCCACGAUUAGCGCAGCAACAACUUAAACAUCUUAUUAGCAGCUGGUGUACAGGUUCGAAGUGCCUAUCAUUAAUUUACAUUAAAAAAUUUCUUGUACAGGUUUGAGGGCAUAAGUAGACCAUGUUUUGAUAGAGGCUCUGACACAAAUAUUUAUAACACAUUGCAGAGUCUCUCAGGGCUUCUUUCAGGUGAAAUCUUACAUACCGUUUUUUUCCCUAUGGUUGUAUCAAAUAUGGGAAUACUAAAGCGUGUUGUGUCAUUGAGCAGAAUAAGGGCGGAAAGAAAGGAUGGGGACAGGACAGUUUUUUGGAUAUGGUGGUAACAGGAAAAGCAUCUAUUCGUAUAUUUUCUAACAUCUAGUCAGGAUUCAAGGGAUCAGCACUCCUCUUUAUUUGAGGCUGCGGACUUGGGAUGCGACAAAAAAAUAAGAUAGUUUAUGAAAAACUUUUAAAACCGGAGAAGUUAUGUAGUGGUUGGUGGGUGGAGAGACUGUGUGAUCGUGUUGCUAGUCGGGAGAUUAACUUGUUCACAUGUUUGUCAAGGCCUUGUUUUUUCUUGCAGCACAAGCUUUCGUCCGGGAAGCCUAAUUGUAACGGUGACAGAUUGCAUUUGCAGGAAUAUGACCUGACCUUGAGUAUAGUGCUAGGGUCUGCUUUCUAGCGGCUGCAAAGUAGGAGGAAAAACGUGCAUUAUUCCAAUGCUGCGAUGUGAAGUCGCCCUUCUGCCUGCCGUUGCAUCAUGCUGCACAGCUUUGCAUUUAUGGUGUGCAGGGAAGUCAACUUACAUGUAUAUCUCUGGAGUUUUUAUGGUUGACUUCCUUGCAUUACCCAGGCGACAGGUGGUAAAGCGUAGUACCAAGAGGUAAUUUUUUUUUAAUGUUUUAUUUCUAGGACGGCAAAGUGAGCCUUCAUAAUACGCUGGGAAUUAGAGGAAAAGGGGAGCGUCGAGUUCAUGUAAAUACGUGUUUUUUUUUUUCUUUAGUACAAUUGCCCCUCGAUUUUGCUGCAGGGCAUUUGUGUGCUUACAAAUUCUACAGUUCUCUUCUAUUGUCAAUGGCUGUGCUACAUAACAAAGCCUCGUUGUUCACUAAUCUAUUGCGCUACUGAAAGACAACGAAAUGGCUUUGUGUUAAUUAGAGAAAAUGUGCUCAUUUUUUAGUGACUCGUAUGAACCAAUGCUGUUUGUAUAUGUAUCUGUGUUUGUACAUUUCACUUUGUGGUGAUAAAUUUACAAUGCUUGUUGUGUACAGUUUUGCUUAUUUGUAUAUUUCAUGACACUUAUUUUGUCUGAAGUGUAUGUACCUAGGUAGGCACAUAGUGUGUGUGUUAUGAGCAUAUUUAUUCUUGAUGAACACUGCCAUGCUUCAAAUAUACUGUGCACAAAUUUAAGUCAGAAUCCAGUGUAUUUCAGUAUUGCAUAAUGCCGAUGUAGUUUAGUGUAACAGUUCCAAGCGUUCAAUCGCUGUUAAGCCAGUGUAUAUAGUAACUGAAUUAUUCAUUCUAGUUGAUUGCAUUCAGUAGUCCUCAUGGACUGCCGUACACUAUGCAGGCAGACAGUCACUUUUGUUUGUUCUUAAAAAUGUUGCAUUAUUUAAUUUUUGAAAAGGGAGAUCAGAUGGCACAUUACAUACAAACAUACAGCUGUCAAACCUGUGGAUAAUAUCAAUUCUUUCUGAAAUCUGUAAGCAAUCACACAGUAAGAAUAUGUGACACACUACUUGUGGAGGGAAAGUUUGAAGCAUUUGCUAUUACAGCGAUUAGCAUAUCUAUUGCAUGUUUAACGAGUGCCUCUCAUCUCUUCUCACUCACCCUGUUGCCUAUAUCACACUGAAUAGGCUAACGAAGCACGUAACUGCUCCCAUCUGUUUCUGCUCUAAAUUAUCUUGAUUGGUGCUCUUGGAAUGGGAACAAAACAUCUUGUGAGGUGACCCCAACGGGAAGCUGAGUGCUCACCAGAGAACAUUUCAGCCUCACGAAUUCACUUGUGCAGUAAGACUGCUAACAACAUUCUGCAGAGGCUUGGCCUUAUUUGAAUUUUUGCCGCAUUUCGAUGGGGGCGAAAUGCGAAAACACCCGUUUUCGGUGCACGUUAGGUGCAUUUAGGUGCACGUUAAAGAACCCCAGGUGGUCCAAAUUUCCGGAGUCCCCCACUACUGCGUGCCUCAUAAUCAGAUUUGGCACGUAAGACCCCAUAAUUUAAUUUUUUUAUUUGAAUUUUUGAAGGCACUCUAACCUACUUGCAUGUAAUUCAAAUUAUUUUUCCUUGUCUUGCUCUUGUUGAUUUAAUGCAAGUCAGCAAGCAGACAUUGUUACAAUGCGAGUGUCAGCUGUUAAAUAAAAAAAAAAUAUCCAGGUGUGCCUACAUUUGUAAUAUUUUAUGUGUUGCACUGUGUUUCCUCACUGUACUAACGUACUUUGUCAGUCCAUUAAAAAACGAUGAAUACUUAGUUCAGCGAGCAAAGUGUAGAAAUCCUUAUGGUACUGAGUGCGACAUUACGUCCAAAGAGAGAGAGAGAAGAAAA